AUGGCGGGAUGCCGGGAGCUGGAGAUGAUCAACGGAUCCGAGAGUGGCUUGGAGUUCAACCCUAUGAAGGAUUACAUGAUCCUGAGCCCCGCGCAGCAGAUUGCUGUGGCGGUUCUGUGUACCCUGCUGGGGCUGCUGAGCGCCCUGGAGAACAUGGCCGUGCUCUAUCUUAUUCUGUCCUCCUGGCGGCUCCGCAGGAAGCCCUCGUACCUCUUCAUCAGCAGCUUGGCUGGAGCUGACUUCCUGGCCAGCAUAAUCUUUGCCUGCAACUUUGUCAUCUUCCAUGUCUUCCACGGUGUCGACUCCAAGGCUGUCUUCCUGCUCAAGAUCGGCAGUGUGACCAUGACCUUCACAGCCUCUGUGGGCAGCCUGCUGCUGACUGCUGUUGACCGAUACUUAUGUCUGUGCUACCCGCCGACCUACAAAGCUCUAGUCACCCGUGGGAGGGCACUGGUGGCCCUUUGUGUCAUGUGGGUCCUUUCGGCAUUGAUCUCUUACCUGCCUCUCAUGGGGUGGACUUGUUGUCCUAGUCCCUGCUCUGAGCUUUUCCCUCUGAUCCCCAACGACUAUCUACUGGGCUGGCUUCUAUUCAUUGCCAUCCUCUUUUCUGGCAUCAUCUACACCUAUGGGUAUGUCCUCUGGAAAGCCCACCAGCAUGUAGCCAGCUUGGCUGAGCACCAGGACAGGCAGGUACCUGGGAUAGCUCGGAUGCGGCUAGAUGUGAGGUUGGCCAAGACUCUGGGCCUGGUCCUGGCUGUGCUGCUCGCAUGCUGGUUUCCUGCACUGGCUCUCAUGGGCCACAGCCUGGUCACUACACUGAGUGACCAGGUCAAGGAGGCCUUCGCCUUCUGUUCCAUGCUGUGUCUUGUUAACUCUAUGGUCAAUCCGAUCAUUUACGCCCUUCGCAGUGGAGAGAUCCGCUCUGCUGCACAGCACUGCCUCAUAGGCUGGAAGAAGUAUCUACAGGGCCUCGGAUCUGAGGGAAAAGAAGAACCCCCAAGGUCCUCAGUUACAGAGACAGAGGCUGAUAUGAAAACCAACAUGGGGCCGGGAUCCAGAACUCCAGGCUGCUCCAGUUGCUGA